GUCUGCUCUAAACCCUCAGAAACCUCCGAAGAGCAGGAAGAAGCAAGCAGAAGUUUCUUCAGUUGUCUGAUACAGACACAACCACAGUGCGAUUGUUUUUUCCUCCGAAGAACGAACGCAAAUUUUCUCUUCCCCUUUUUGUUUUAGUUUAAUAUCUGUAAAAAGAAGGAAAUCCAGAUCAGGGUUUCAUCAUCCCAUCCGAGAAACCAGCUGCUAGGGUUUCUGAGCUCGUCAAUCUCAUAAGUCUCCAUGGCUGCUCCCGAUGCUUCUGCUGCCCUUGCUGAGAGGGAGAAAGUUCAGCAAUUUCUGAACGCAGCUUAUACUGGGAAUCUCGAUUUCCUCAAGAAGGUGGCUAAGCAGCUCGAUGACGGAAAGGGCCUAACGAAAACGGUGGAGAGUAUAAAGGACGCGAACAAAAGAGGUGCACUUCAUUUUGCCGCUAGAGAAGGGAGAAUAGAAGUAUGCAAGUACCUCUUAGAGGAACUGAAGCUUGAUGUGGACACAAAAGAUGAAGCUGGGGAUACUCCUCUUGUUCAUGCUGCCAGGCAGGGACAUACUGAGAUGGCUAAGUACCUUCUGGAGCAUGGAGCCAACCCUAAUAUACCGAGUGAACUAGGAGCCACCGCUUUGCAUCAUGCUGCGGGAACAGGAAAUAUCGAGUUGCUAAAAGAACUGCUUUCCAGAGGUGUUCCGGUUGAUUCACAAAGUGAUUCUGGCACAUCGCUAAUUUGGGCUGCUGGCCAUGACCAAAAAGAUGCCGUUAGAGUAUUAUUAGAGCACCAUGCUGACCCUAAUGCUGAGACUGAGGAUAAUAUCACACCGUUAUUGUCAGCGGUGGCAGCCGGUUCUAUAGCAUGCUUGGAGCUGUUGGUUAAGGCGGGUGCCAAAGCUAACAUUUUUGCUGGUGGCGCAACCCCAUUGCACAUUGCGGCUGAUCUUGGAGAUCUUGAAUUGAUAAAAUGUUUACUUAAAGCAGGGGCUGAUCCUAACGUGAAAGAUGAGGAGGGUCAAAGGCCGAUAGAUGUUGCGGCUGCAAGAAGCAACCGGAAGAUUGUCGAGAUCCUCUUCCCGUUAACAUCAAAACCCGAGUCGGCUUCUGAUUGGACAGUUGAGGCGAUUCUCGCAAGCAUGGAUUCAGAAUCUAGAAAAGAACCGGAACAACAAUCAAACAAGGCUGAGGCAAUAUCCAAGAAAGAUAUUCCCGAGGUCUCUCCAGAAGAUAAGGCAAAAUCCGCCGAAGCGAAAGAAAGAGGGCAAGAAGCCUUUUUCAGAAAGGAUUUACAGACAGCCAUAGAUGCCUACACACAAGCAAUUGAUUUUGACCCGACGGAUCACACAUUGUUCUCCAACCGAAGCCUCUGCUGGUUGCGGCUGGGACAGGCAGAGCAAGCAUUGGCCGAUGCCAAGUCCUGUCGAGAACUGAAACCAGACUGGCCCAAAGGCUGUUACAGAGAAGGAGCCGCACUGCGUUUGCUUCAGCGGUUUGAGGAGGCGGCCAAUGCUUUCUACGAGGGCGUGAUGCUCAAUCCUGAAAGCAAGGAGCUCGUCGAUGCUUUUAGGGAAGCCGUCGAUGCUGGUCGGAAGUUUCACGGGACUGACAAGGCGAACUCUUGAUGGUUUCUUGAGAAUUUAGCCGG